UAUUCUGCGAAAAAGUCGAGCCCUCGGCCGAAAACGUGACUGCGACGUCAGAUCGGCGCAUGCGCACAAGCUAACCCGUGGAAGAGAUUAUGAACGUGCUGUUGUUACUCAUCGUGGCGGCGACGGCGCUGCUGCUGGCGGAGGGGAAGGACCAGGAGCUGAGGAUCGGAGUGAAGAAGAGGCCAGAGACCUGUGACAUGAGGUCUAAGUCAGGAGACAGGCUCUCCAUGCACUACACCGGGACGCUGGAGGACGGGACCGAGUUCGACAGCAGUGUACCUCGCAACCAGCCGUUCGAGUUCACUCUAGGCUCCGGCCAGGUCAUCAAAGGUGAGGAUCAUCAAUCUAUCAAUAUAUCACCUGGCUCGUCCGUUCUCUUUUCAGGUUGGGACCAAGGGCUGCUGAAGUAAGAUCUCUUGCCUGACACCGAUAGCUUUUGAUCUUUGUCCUUUUGUGCUGUGGGUGGGGAUUCAUGGCGAGUGGUGUGGUGUUGUUGGUGAAAACGUCGGUUCUCGUGACAGCUGUGACCGUCAUAGGCUGGGGGAUCAUGAAGACUCUGAUUCCUAGUCCAGAGGAGUUCAGAAAGGGUUUGUCAGACAGAGAAAGGGAAGAACUGCCAGUCGUUCAAGAGAGAAACCGCCUAUUAUUCCAGAAACUCGAGGAAACCUCUAAAAGUGCUGAACCAUUCUGGAAAAAGUAGCAGCAUAUAAUUAUACUGUGAAAAUAUUUUUUAUUUCUCAUCGGAAACCAGUGCCUUGCAGUUGUAUAAUGGCAAUAAUACUAAUAAUUCAGAGCUGUGAGAUUGUCUUUGUCUCUAUUUCGGUCCCUUUUUGCCAGUCUUCUUGAAGUAGACUCUGAGCAGCAGAGCCAGGAAGACCACCAGGACGCCGAGGAAGGACUGCCUGGUGAGGACGUGGUGGUAGAAAAUGCAGGACAGGAAGAUGCUCAUUGCCUGACGGGUCACCAUGAUGAGAGUGAACACAACAGGACCGAAUAUUCGGAUGGUGUUGAAGAUGAAGAGUUGACCGAUUGCUGAGCAGACGGAGAGGAGGGCCGCGUGCACCGCAAACUCAGAGUGGAGGAAGAGGAAGUUGAGGCAGGAGAAGAAGACGCCGCGGAACAGGAGAGAGCUGACUGUGAACAGACAAGAGAAGGUGUUUGUGCCAAACAUCAUCUGAAUGGACGAGACCUUGUACGUGGAAAACACCUCUGACUGCCAGUUGGAGCUGAAACUGUCAAAUGCCAUGUAGCCCAGGAGGAUGACGACGCCCGCAAACGUGGUCUCAGUGGAGAUGUGGCUGUCGGCUGAGGGGUCUGCUGCUAGGAGAAACAGAGCCACACCCACUGAUAGAAGAGCCGCGGUGAGGUACUCGUGCCAGGGGUAGCUCCUCUGGGAGACAAUCUUCCCCAUGAUCAUGACGGGGAUCACUUUAGAGGCCUUCGCCAGGACCUGCGUGGGGAAGCUGACAAAUUUGAGUGCCUCGUACUGGCACCAGCUGCUGAGGGUGUUGGAGAUGGAUGAGUAAGAGUACUGGUAGAAGGGAGCUCUGUCCCUCGGCUGCUUCGUCAGUCUCAGGUAGAUCCCCGCCACGCACAGGGCCAGGAUUCUGUUGACAAAGACGAGGAACUGAGAGUCUGUGAAUCGCUCGCCGUCAUACUCCACUGUCAUGACCCUCUCCUGAAGGACUCCCCAGGUGAGGUAAGAGGCUUGGAGCCCCACCACACACACCAGCAGUUUCACCCAGUGCCCAGAGCCUGUUGUCGCCUCUGAGGCUGUCUCCUUGGCCUUGGUCACCGAGGACGAAGCCUUCCCUUCCUCGGCUGUGGCCAGAGCAUCCUCAUUGACAUCGUCUCCAAACACCAGCUGGUGGAUGGCAGAGUAGACUGGCCCCUCGCCUAGUAGUGGACGAGAGGGGAUUUCUUCCAGUGACGGAUGAGGAGAGCCGCAGGGACGAGGAUGAGGGCGUAACCGAGGACGUUGAGGAGAAAGCUGCCCAGCCAGUGUUCCUGCACCGCCUCCAGCAUGGCAGCUAGCUCUUGUCGGUCAAAUGACAAACCCACAGACAUAUGAGCGGCAAUGCUAGCCUCGUACCAUCAUACUUGGCUAGGCAGGCAUGCGAUGAAACCUCUCGGAUGCGAAACCCCGCUAAGCUGGAGGUGCGCGACAAUUAGAAUCAACGAAGAAAUGGCCGCUGCAGCGAGCUGGGCGGCGAAGCUAAAACUGCACAACCAGAAGCACCCACCGGCUCCAAAGACAGAAGAGGAACGGAGGAAGGAGGACGAGCGGCUGUUUGAGGAAGAGUACACCAGCCUCAGAGGCGAGGCCGAGAAAAAAUACGAACACAUUCCCAGGUUCUAUUGCAAGCCACCUCGCGACGACCAAGUUCUUCAGCAGAAACUGAGGGAAGAUGCCAGAGCUGUGUUUUUGCAGAGGAGGGGCUCAGAACUGAUGGACAAUGAAGAGCUGACGAAACUAUGGAGCAUUCUGGAGGAGAAGCACACUCCUCCUGACCUGGGUACAGACGAACAGAUGAUCAGUUACACUGCCUUCCUGAACAUCAAAGAUCAGGUGUCAGACAAGUGCAAGCCAUUCUUCACAGCAGAGGUCUUCACCAAGCUCCUCAGAGAUGAUCCCUAUGGCAGGGUCUCUGUUUCUCAACUGUUUUCAUACAUAAUGCGCAAAGUGUGGUUACAGCAGACCAGAAUAGGACUAAGUCUCUUCGACAUACAGGGCCUGGGCUACCUCAAGGAAUCGGACCUGGAGAACUAUAUACUGGAGCUGAUACCAACACUGCCACAACUAAACUGUCUUGAAGAGUCUUUCUACUCGUUCUACGUCUGCACUGCAGUCAGGAAGUUCUUCUUUUUCCUCGACCCUCUACGAACAGGUGGGUUUUAGUUCAACUCUGCGUGAAGGUAUGUACCGCGGUGCGUGUAGGCGUAACUGCCUGAGUCUCGGUCAUAUGAAUAUUGUUACGUCUGUUUGUCAGGACAUGUUUUGGUGUGUCAUUAUCAUCCUCCCCCAGGUAAAAUCAAGAUCCAAGAUAUAUUGGCUUGCGGAUUUCUUGACGAUCUCCUCGAAGUAAGCCCGGGGUACUAAGGUCAGGUCUUGAUUACUGCAGUUAGGUAGUUUCCAUACAAGAUUACACCCAAGGGGACAAGCGCACACAAUGGGCCGUGCUGUUCUGGCAGCUAACACAAUGCAAUGGUGAAAAGAGGGCAUGCAGUGUAAUAUAUUAGGAUACAGAUGCACACACUCACGCAAUACACACAGGUUUACUGUAAGAGAGACAUUUUUGGUAGAAUGGAUCAUCUGCAUAAUAUGUGCACCAGCUUGAAAAUGUUUUGUGAUAAAUUGCGCUAUAUAACCAGUACUGAAAACGACUGGUGGUGUGGGGAGGGUGGAGCUCUCUUUUGGUCUAUCUUCGGCUCUUCUUGUAUUCCUUAACCAUCUUGCCCAGCUCUUCCAUAGCUGUGAGUAGCCCGUCGCCCGAUACGGCACACGUACCUUGUAUGAACCACUGGUGGGUCCGUACGGAUGGCAGACCCAGUCUGUUAGCCACCUCCGAAGGCUGGACGGCGCUGGGCAGGUCCUGCUUGUUGGCCAGUACCACCACGGGCACUCCGCGCAUCUCGUCCGAGUCCAGAAUCCAAAACAGCUCCUCCUUGGCCUCGCUGAGUCGCUCCUUGUCCGCGCUGUCCACCACGUACACCAGGCCCUCCGUGUUGUGGAAAUAGUGCUUCCAGAGCGGCCGGAUCUUGUCCUGGCCGCCGACGUCCCACACCGUGAACGAGACGCCUUUCACCGGCGUCACCGUCUCUACGUUGAAGCCGAUGGUCGGAAUGCUGGACACCGCCUCGUUGAGUUUCAACUUGUAGAGGAUGGUGGUCUUGCCGGCCGCAUCCAGACCCAGCAUUAGGAUCCGAGCCUCGGAUUUGCCCAAGUUCUCCAGCAUCCCCUUCAGCUGCGAAAUGAAACUCCCCAUCUUUUCUCGGAACCCGCUGUGUUUUCUUCUGCUCUUGGCUGCUUUUGCUAUAGUUCCUGGGCGGUAGCUGCUUUUUCUAGCCUGCCGUUGGCUGGCAAGACUGCGGUCGACUAGUUUGCGAAGGGCGUUUCGCCGUUGGGAGUUUUGCGUCGACACAAUCUGCGUGGCCGCGCGUGCGCACAUGAGGGACAAUGAUUAUGCAGCAUCACUGUACAUUAUUCAUAGCUGAGAGAUGAAGAGCUGUCCAAGGAAAGUCAGGAGACAAACUGGUUCUCUGCCACGUCUUCUCUGAGAGUAUACAGCCAGUAUCUGACGCUAGAUGUCGACCAUAACGGUAUGCUCAGCAGAGGAGAGAUAGCCAGAUAUGGCUCGGGGAAAAUGACGCGAGCGUUUGUGGACAGAAUCUUCCAGGAAUGCCUGACUUAUGAGGGAGAAGUGGACUACAAGACAUACCUCGACUUUGUUCUGGCGAUGGAGAACAAGAAGGAGCCACAGGCAAGUCUCCACAGCCAAGUCAGUCUCCAUCAUCCUCUGCCUCUCUCCCAGGCCCUCCAGUACCUGUUUCGUCUGCUCGACAUUCGAGGACAGGGCUACCUCGACUCAUUCACCCUCAACUACUUUUUCAGAGCUAUUCAGGAGAUGAUGAAGACACACGGACAGGAACAAGUCAACUUUGAAGACAUUAGAGACGAGAUAUAUGACAUGGUCAAGCCAGCCCAGCCCCUGUGCAUAACUCUUCAAGAUCUCAUCAACAGUGGGCAGGGGGAGACAGUGGUGGGAAUCCUCUCAGACCUUAGUGGGUUCUGGGCAUACGAGAACAGAGAGGUCCUCCUGGCAGAGAACCAGGAGGGCGGGGCUGGGUGAUCACAUGAUAGUCAUGUGACUAAUCUAACGUAUUCCCCUUCUAACACACCACAUCUUUUGCUCAUUUUCAUUCCAACGUUUUCUGACAAUAUUAUAUUUGAUCACUCCACUCGCUCGUUGUUACACACAAAGUUGUACGACAAAUUGCUCUGUGUCAACAUGGAAUGUUUGUGAUGCAGUGUUGCUUCAGCUUCAAUGUAGACGGAACAAUCUGUUUGUCAGGUGCAUGUCGUCAGUAUAGUUUGUCAUGGGGCUGUUGAUGUGUGGCAGGCGACGAGGUUGUCUGUGGGACCAGGAGGGAGGAGCGGCGAAACCAGUGCCCCAUUUGGGAGGACUGUGACGCACACAGUGGCCCUGAGAGGGGAACAUCUGUCUCAGUGUUGACCACUCCUCACAGCGAGAGGAAUGAGCCGACGCAAACACUCCACUCUCUUCCUCGGCUCGUGAGAAAGACUUCAGUGGGGCCUCGGAUGGAGGGACCCAGUGCUCUGGGACCGAGGAGAGACUUGGCUGGGGCUGCGCAAGGAACUUGUGUCUCGGGACGGGAGCCGUUGCCCUGAGGUUGUCAGGGGUGUACCAUCUGUUGACCCACACCAACUGGCUGCAUCUGUCUCGAGCCGGGAGCUGUGCGGACCAAGUGUGCCUGCUGUAGCCUGAGUAGCAGCGACGCCGAGGAACUGUCUCCUCUACUUCCAUCCUCUCCAGGCUUCACCUCUAUGUAUACAGCGUCACAAUGGUGGACUGGUGGACUGGUGGACUGAGGAAAGCCGCACACACUUUAUUUGUGUGUUUCUAGGGUUACGACCGUAAUGAUUUACGUCCGUGUCGCAUUCCAGUGGAAUUAGCUGCCGUGUGGUGCAGCAGUGUGUGUGGUGUGUGUGCAUGUACGUGCCUGGUUUAUAGUUCAGGUGGACUCGUGAGGAUGGCCGAGGCAGGCGAGGGAGAGCCCAAGAGGUGUCCCUGCGGUUUCUGGGGAUCGCCCCAGACUAACAACUUGUGCUCCAAGUGCUACAAAGAGUGUCAGCAGCAAAGGAAAGAAGUGGCGAGCGCGAGCGGCGACAAGAACGCCACCCAACUAUUGACACAGUAUGAUCUACUCUCCGGGGGACUGGGGAGCAGCAGAACAGGCUCAGUGGAGAUCAGGGAACCCCAGGAAGAUCAGAACGAGGGGGAAAAUGAGGGGCCAACCAGUGAGACAGAAGCUGACAGAAUGAACAAAGAGAAGGAGGACGAUGCAGGCAAUUUUCUCCCGGGUGACUUGCCAGAUCAGAGGAAUCGCAAGCGGUGCUGGAGCUGCAAGGCCAAGUUGGAGCUGGCUCAGCGGUCGCUGGGGGAGUGCAAGUGUGGCUAUGUAUUUUGUUUCCUUCACCGGUUACCGGAGCAGCACCAGUGUGCAUACGACCACAAGGAGGGAGGGAGGCAGGAGGCACUCAAGACCAUGGUCCCUGCCUCCAAGAAAAAGUUUGGGAGAUCAUUUCACCGCAUGGACUCCAGACCAGAGCAGUAGCCACACCCACAUACAUGCCUCACACUUCUGGUUUUUGUGUUCCGUUUGAUUCUGACUCACCAACUCCUACAACACUUUGCAUCUGUACACUUCACUAUUGUACUUGGAUGAGUAUUGUUAUUGCCUGCCUGCCUGGAUGGACUUUGUUUGCUGAGAGAGGGGCA